AUGUUCCUCUAUUUGUUACUUGUAGCACUACAACAUUUAGUGAACAUUGAACUGGAUAAACACUCUUUAAAAUGUGGUUGCACUUGUAUUGAUCAAGAUUGUGAUGGUGAAUGUAAGAGAGUGUGUGGGAUUGAAUACUUAGAUUUGGACCAAGUGGGUACCUGUUCCAUUCCUAGUCCACCUGAAUGGCCUCCAUUAUUACAAGUACCAGCUCCACAGUAUCGAGCAGUGAGAAGUGAUCAUUUGCUUUCAUUUGGAGAUUUGCCUAAUGACUCUUGCACAAGUACAGGUUCCUGCCCUACAACUGUACUUAUUACUGGAAAUAACCAAUCCCUUGGAGAGAAUUUAGCUAGAAAUAUGUUCCCAGGUUCAUCCAAUUUUAACUCAUCCAAUGGUCUGGCUGAUGUUGUAUUGCGGUCAACUUCGGAGACUCCGGUAUCCAACAUUCUUGAACCUGCUUUCUUCUCGAGUCUUCCAAUCUACUAUGUGCAAUCUGUGUGCGGCCCGAUUGAAGGUGUGCUUGCGGGUCAGUGA